AUGUCAAGUUUAACCAAUAAUACUACAAAUCGAAUAUCAUCAUCAUCAUCAUCAAUUACGACAAACAAUACUAACUAUUCACAAUCAUCAUCAUUUAAUAAUACUAAUAAUAAUACUAACAACAACAAUAAUAAUAAUAAUAAUAACAAUAAUGCAGUUAAUACAAGCAAUGAUUGUGACACAUCAAUAUCAACAUCUUCACCAGCAACUUCUACGCUUGGUUUAACAGCAAUGGGUUUAGCAGCGGCAAGUCUUGCUUCUAUAACAGCUAAUAAUAUGACAAAUUCAGACAACACCGAAUGUGAUUCAAAACGUAACGUUUCAACACCUUUCAAAUUAUAUUCAAAUACAUCUGAUGAUCCCUAUGCUAGUUUUUAUGCUCUAAAUCGAACAUUAUCACAACCUCCGCCACCACCCCCACCAUCGUCAUCAUCAUCAACAUCACCAUUUAAUAUUAUGAGUCAAUCAUCAAAUAAUAAUUUACAAUUUAUGUCUAAUCCAACAGGUCAAUCUGAUAGUGGAGCAUUCAAAAAAAUCAAACAUGAAUCUCUUUUAUUAAAUGCACAUCCAUAUCAUCAACUUCAACCAUACAAUCCUCAUUAUCCACAUGUUCCUGUACCAUCACUUAACCUUCAAUCAACACCUAAUAAUAAUAAUAAUUCAAAUAAUCUUUCUCCAACACAUUCAACAAAUUCAAGUCAAUCAUCUCAUCAUUCAUUAUCAAAUCCUGCAAGUCAAUGUCCAACACCAGCAAGACGUCGACAUCGUACAACAUUUACACAAGAACAAUUAGCUGAACUUGAAACAGCAUUUGGUAAAAGUCAUUAUCCAGAUAUUUAUUGUCGCGAAGAAUUAGCAAGAAUUACAAAAUUAAAUGAAGCUCGUAUUCAAGUUUGGUUUCAAAAUCGAAGAGCUAAAUAUCGAAAACAAGAAAAACAAUUACAAAAAGCUUUAUCACCUGUUCUCUCACCAUGUAAUGCAAUGAUGAGAAAUUUCUAUCAAACAUCAACUGGAAGACCUUAUCAAUAUGGUACAGGACAUACAGGUACAAAUUCUGUUGUAUCAAAUCAAAUACGUUAUCCACCAGCGGGUGUUGCUUAUUCACAAUUUUCACCAUUAACAGCUGGUAUUCGACAGGACAAUCCAUUAUCUUUUCAAGAUACUGAUUGGUAUAACAAAAGUCUCUCAUCAUUUCGUGUCGAUCAUUCAUCAAUGCUUCAUUAUCCGGCUUGA